GUGAAGCCUUUCCCAGCAGGGGAGAGCUUCCCUCCAGGUAAGAUUCCCCCCUCUGAGAUCCAUUCCCAGGUGAGAGUUUUCUCCCAUUACAGGUGGGAACCUCCCCCAGGUCAGAGCUUCCCUUAGGUGAGAAUACCCUCCAGAUCAGAACUUUCCUGGCAGGUGAAAACUUUCCCUGCUAGUGAAAGCUUUCCCCCAGGUAAGCGCUCCCCCUCCAAGAGCUCCUAUUCCCAAUUGAGAACUGUUUUUGAGACAGCUUCCCCCAGGUAAGAACUGCCCCCCUUCCCCCCCAGAUCUCCUAUUCCCAAAUGAGAUCGUUUCCCUUAAUCAGGUGGUAGCCACUGGGCAGAUCAGAGAUUCACCCCAGAACAGAACUUACCUAGCUGGUGAAAACUUUCCUGUCAGGUGAGAGCUUCUCCUUAGGCGAGAUCCUCCCGGAGAUCUAUUCCCAGGUGAGAUUGUCCCCCCUUGAAAUGGGGACUUCUCUUUCCAGGGGGAAAACUCUCCCUCCCAGUGAGAGCCAUCCCCUGGCUUUCCCAGAUUAGGCCUGAGCUUGUCCAGAUCUACAACCUGGACCCUGUGGCUGGAGGCCCGGGGGCAAUCUUAGCCCCAACACUUUCCUUCUCAUAGAGGCUUCUCAUGUGAAGAGAGACUUGCCUGGUUUGCUGGAUUCCUUCCUUGCGUGUGCUCUCAGACAGCAUGCGCUGGGCUCGUGGGGCAGCUGGAUAAGGACUCAGACUGGACUGGGAUUGGCUGGAGAAGAGUUGGGGCUGGGAGGAGGGGGCUGGGAGGGACAGUCAGCCUGGAACCUAGAUUGGUGAACACUCAGGGCUGGACUGAAGUGUGGAUUGUGUUCAUCCUGCUGCCUCUUUGUGGGGGACUUUGGCCCAGCAAGAGUCUUCCACCAGCCAAAGUUCAGACAGAGGGACACACAGGCACUGCUGUCCACAACGCAGGCAAUGGAGCUGAGGAGGCGAGAUUACCAUGUGGAGCGGCCACUGCUGAACCAAGAACAGCUGGAGGAGCUGGGGAGCCGGAGCUCAGCAACUGGGACCCUCCAGUGGCGAACCUGGUUUCGGUGCUCCCAUGCUCGGGCCCGAGCCCUUCUGCUCCAGUACUUCCCAGUUUUGGCCUGGCUACCCCAGUAUCCUGUGCGUGACUGGCUUCUGGGUGACUUGUUGUCUGGCCUGAGUGUGGCCAUUAUGCAGCUACCACAGGGCCUGGCCUAUGCCCUCCUGGCUGGACUGCCCCCCGUGUUUGGCCUCUACAGCUCCUUCUAUCCUGUCUUUAUCUAUUUCCUGUUCGGCACUUCCCGGCACAUCUCCGUGGGCACCUUUGCUGUCAUGUCCGUGAUGGUGGGCAGUGUGACAGAAUCACUGGCUCCGGAUGAAGCCUUCCUGCAGGCCUCGAACUCCACUGUCGAUGUGGCGGCCAGAGAUGCUGCUCGGGUGCAGGUGGCCUCCACACUCAGUGUCCUUGUUGGCCUCUUCCAGGUGGGGCUGGGCCUGGUCCAUUUCGGCUUCGUGGUCACCUAUCUGUCAGAGCCUCUGGUCCGAGCCUAUACCACAGCUGCGUCUGUGCAGGUCUUCGUCUCGCAGCUCAAGUAUGUGUUUGGCCUCCAUCUGAGCAGCCGCUCUGGGCCACUGUCCCUCAUCUAUACAGUACUGGAGGUCUGCUGGAAGCUGCCCCAGACUGUGGUCGGCACCAUGGUCACCGCAGUUGUGGCAGGGGUGGUGCUCGUGCUGGUGAAGCUGUUGAAUGACAAGCUGCGGCGACAACUGCCCAUGCCGCUCCCUGGGGAGCUGCUCACGCUCAUCGGGGCCACAGGCAUCUCUUACGGCGUGGGACUGCAGCACAGAUUUGGGGUGGAUGUCGUGGGCAAAAUCCCUGCAGGGCUGGUGCCCCCAGUGGCCCCCAGCCCCCAGCUGUUCGCAAGGCUUGUGGGAAAUGCCUUCGCCAUCGCUGUGGUUGGGUUCGCCAUUGCCAUCUCGCUGGGGAAGAUCUUCGCCCUGAGGCAUGGCUACCGGGUGGACAGCAACCAGGAGCUGGUGGCACUCGGCCUCAGUAACCUCAUCGGGGGCAUCUUUCAGUGCUUCCCUGUGAGCUGCUCUAUGUCUCGGAGCCUGGUACAGGAGAGCACCGGGGGCAACACACAGGUGGCUGGAGCCAUCUCCUCCCUCUUCAUCCUCAUUAUCAUCGUCAAACUUGGAGAACUCUUCCAAGACCUGCCCAAGGCAGUCCUGGCUGCUGCCAUCAUUGUGAACCUGAAGGGCAUGUUGAUGCAGUUCACCGACAUAUGCUCCCUCUGGAAGGCAAAUCGAGUGGAUCUGCUCAUCUGGCUGGUGACCUUUGUGGCCACCAUCCUGCUGAACCUGGACCUUGGCCUGGCAGUUGCGGUAGUCUUCUCCCUGCUGCUUGUGGUGGUCCGCACACAGCUGCCCCACUACUCUGUCCUGGGGCAGGUGCCAGACACAGAUAUUUACAGAGACGUGGCAGAGUACUCAGAAGCCAGGGAGGUCCCGGGCGUGAAGGUCUUCCGCUCCUCGGCCACCAUGUACUUUGCCAACGCUGAGCUCUACAGUGACACGCUGAAGCAGAGGUGCGGUGUGAACGUGGACCACCUCAUCUCCCAGAAGAAGAAACUGCUCAGGAAGCAGGAGCUAAAGCUGAAGCGACUUCAGAAAGAGAAUAAGCUCCCGAAACAGGCUGCCGCCUCCAAGGGCACUUCCAUUUCCAUCAAUGUCAACACCAGUGUCACAGACAUCGAGAGCAACGAUGUGGAGGGCUCCAAGGCCAAGCAGGUGAGCGCAGGGACUGAGCUAGAGGAUACAGCAGCCAGGGGUCAAGAAGAUGCCAAGGCCCCAGACAUGUCCUCACUGAAGACCCUGGGCCUGCCUCAGCCAGAUUUCCACAGCCUCAUCCUGGACCUGAGCUCCCUUUCCUUCGUGGACACUGUGUGUCUCAAGAGCCUGAAGAAUAUUUUCCGUGACUUCCGGGAGAUCGAGGUGGAGGUGUACAUGGCCGCCUGCCACUCUCCCGUGGUCACGCAGCUUGAGGCGGGACACUUCUUCGAUGCAUCUAUCACCAAGCAGCAUCUCUUUGCCUCUGUUCACGAUGCUGUCAUCUUUGCACUCCAACACCCGAGGUCCAGCCCUGUCAACCCUGUUUUGGUUACCAAACUCUGACCGUGCUGCCACCCUGCCUGAGACUGCCCACCUCUGGAGGUUGCGACAGGAUACCCGUGAGGACCCCCUACCCCUGGGCUGCCUCCAGAUGUCACCCAGGAGUCCCCUCCGUCACCGUCAGCCAAGAACCACGUGUUGAUUUCUGCCAUAAAACACCAACAUCUGGGCAUGUGACCCAGUGGGCAGCAAUGGGCCUUCAGACCAGCUGAUACUGAGUGACUGGGGGCCAGGGUGGGGGGGUCGAACCUUUCUGGGCCUCAGUAUCCUCAUCAGGAGAGCAGAAAUGGUAAUAGUACCCACUUCACGGGUUCCUCAAUGAGUAUUAAAUGAGUAAAUGCCACAAACAGCUUGCAACAGCGCUGGGCUCACGUCACCUGCCAAAACAAGUGAGCCUGCCGGUCGCAGGUCCCGACCAGGCCCUGGGCUCUGUGCUGGACCAGUGGACAGAGGCUGCCCUGCCCUGCAAGUCACAGAGGCACCCCUUGCCUGGCUGUUUCUAUCCUGGCCUGUGUCAGUGCCCUGCUCUGUGUUCACAAAUCAUCUGUCCUUUCCCCACCCCCAAAACCCUGCCCAGGAAGUCAGGGCCCUUUGUCACACUGCCUCCAGGCACCAGGAACAGCGCCGGGCACAAGGAAGUGCUUGGUAAAUACCUGUUAAGUGAACCUGUGUACUGGAGUGGAAGGUAAACCUCAAACAUGAACUUGCAGAUACAGGCAGACCUUGUUUUAUUGCACUUCGCCAAUACUGUGUUUUUUACUAAUUGAAAGUUUAUGGCAACCCUGAGUCAAUCAAGUCUUUUGGUGCCAUUUUUCCAGCAUCAUUUGCUCACUACAUGUCACUGUCACAUUGUGGUAAUUCUCGAAGUAUUUCAAACUUUUUCAUUAUUAUUAUAUUUGUUAGGAGGAUCUGUGAUCAGUGAUCUUUGAUGUUACUACUGUGACUCGCUGAAGGCUCAGAUGAUGGUUAGCAAUUUUUAGCAA